AUGCAAUCCGAACUUGAUUCAUUGAAACAACGCAUCAUCGAGCUCCUGGCCGAGAAUGCUGAAAUUAAGGCUGAGAAUGCCGAGGUUAAAGCCAAAAAUGCUAAAUUAAGGCAGGCUAUGGAAGAGAAUGAAGCCAGAUUCAUAAAACUAGAGCAGAGCGAUAAAGAAAAGGCUGAGCUCAUUGCAGAACUAAAUUGUGAUGUCGGGAAAAUCAAACAGGAGCAAAUUGCUAUUAAUAUUUUGGUGCAAGACGGGACAUCCGUGGUGAAAUCUCCCACUCGUUCAGAAUUACAGGUGACUUCCCAAUCAUCCAUUUCGCCGCCUAUUGAGGGUAACUCUGAGAAUAGCUCUGAUGUAACUCAACCCACUCAUGCAGGGUCUAAAUUAUUGAAGGAUAGACAGACCGAUGAAUUCCUGAUUUCGGUAAGUAAGAAGGAGGUUAGUGAUAUGAUGAGACAACGCAAUAGAGAGAAAAAACUUUUGUGUGGAUCAACAUAUUCAAGCCAAGAUCAGGAUAAGCUCUCAAUUUUCCAGAAUAAUUUCUCUAUGCCCCUAGAAGAUUCUGCGAAAACUGAAACCAAUACAAGCAGUUCGCAAUCAUCAAUCAAAUUGAGUAUUUGUGGAGCAGGAGAAACUCAAGUACUACCCAAGGAUAUAUACAUGUUGCCAAAAAUAUAUUAA